AUGACAGACAACAGAAGAACGUUUAUUCUUCGAAUUGCUUCACAUUUGGUCAGUUUGAACCUGAAUGAGGAGAAAUUGCCAAAUUUGGAAGCGCUGAAACGAUUUUGUGAUACUGAAGAACAAAAUUUGGUUAUCAGUAGAACUGAUAACGUAAGUGACUAAAAUAUUUCGAAAAUUUUUUUUUAAACCAGUAAAAACUUUCUUUACAACAUGUUUUUAGAAAGGGCACGUUGAAGUUGUGAACGAUCCAAAAACGGCUUCAGAAUCCUAUGUUUAUCGUGUUGUGUUCUACAAGUCUAGCCCAGAACUUUUGUCAAAUGACAAUUUUAAAAAAGAAAUCGAAGUUUUGACAGCCAAUAACAAGGAUGACUCUAAGGCAUUACUGGGAACAGUACGACAGAUCUACGGCGACAUUAUACCUAAUGGUCACAGUGAUGUUGUUAAUGGAAAUGUUGUUAAGAAUAGUAAGUUGUUGUUUUUUUAUUGGUACAAAAAGUAUUUCAAGUUUAAAAAUAGGUAAAUUUAAAAAUUUUUCAAAAUUAAAAAAAAUUAUCUUGCAACUCCAACAACUUCAGCAACUUUUUUCAGCAACAAACGCGGACUUCAAGCUAGAGCUACAGAAGUUAGAACAGCAACAUGGCGAGAUGGUAGAGCCGUUGAUUGAGAAAUACGACCAGUUGAAUCAAUUAAGCCUGCCUGAAGUCGCGGAAUUCGUCGAAGCGGCCGAAUACGUGGUCGAUAAUCUAUGGACAACAUCCGAAAAUGGGUUUUCUCAGUCGAAAAUGAAGAACCUACUCGAUAUGAUAGGUAAGUGUUAUUGUAAUACAAAAAAGUUUUUCAGUUUUGGGCCGGUUUGAAUAAAGUAUUUUAUUUUUUGUUCUAUUUUAGAUAGUUUUUUCUAAUUUUCAUGCUGUUUUUAAAAUAAAUAUUAGGUUCCUUUGUGAAUUUUAUAACAUACUCUUUCUAGAACUCCCUUCCAAAUUCCAAAAAAAUUUUACUUUUUCAAAUUAUUUUUAACAAAAUUCCAUAGUUUUUCGACAUUAUUGAACAGGUUUUUCCCGAAAUACCCCGGUUUUUCUUUAAAUUUAGCAGCCUAAACAAGCAAAUUUUCUAAAUUUUACGUAAUGUAUUGGAAAGCCCAUUCUUUUUUACAUAUAUAAAUCUAUUUUUCACAAUUUUAAAUUGAAAUGCCUUUUAUCUUUUGACGGAAAAAAGUAUAAAAAUACCCAAAAACGGGCCCUUUUUCCGUCUCUCCUUCCCAAUCAAAUUGCCUUUUCUUUUUCGAGACGAGCAAGUGUGGCCGCCAUAGCUCAGUCGGUUAGAGCGUGGGUCUAAUAAGCCCAAGGUCGCAGGUUCGACCCCUGCUGGCGGCAAGUUACUUUUUUUAUUUUUUCGUAACUAAGAUAACAUUGUUUAUACCGUUUUUAAUAUCUAGACAUUUGUGAAAAUUGUUUGUGAGUAAUUUUUGAUUAAAAUCUGGAGUUAUAAUAUGAAUGUCUUAUUUUAGCAAAAAUUAUUAAAAAAUGCGGAAAAUCAUCAAGAAUUAAAAAAGUUUUCAUAGUUUUUUGCUAUUUUAAAUAAAACUGUAAAUUUAAAUUUUUUCAGCAAUCGAAAUCUGCCAAGCCCUAUCAUCUCGACUAUCAAUUCCAAAUUUCUGGACAGAUCCGGCCGGUACCGACCAUCUGGAGACCUCCAUCUCAAUAUGUUCCCAAUGGCAGUUGUCGAUAAAGCUGUUUACCACCCAAAAUUGGCCAAAUAUUUCAAACGAAUGGAGCGGCCAAGAGCAUCGUACGAAAGCGUUGGAUCAAUAUCGAGUCAGAUUGGUCGAGAUUCAGUCGAUUCGUCGUUUAAUCGACCAGUUGAGUCGAAUGAAGGAGAGUAAUGGUUUGGACAAGCGACUGGUUGAUAAUAUUGUGACGAUUGUUGGCAAGGACAAUCUAGUCCGGUUUGGAGAUGAAGAGAAUGCUGGUGAGAAGUUGAAACGGGUCGAGAGUGUGGUUGAUGAGAAGAUAAAGCAAGUUCUGCCUCAAAUUCAAAACAAGCUGGCUAAUGCGUUGGAAGACAUGCCAAUUAACGUGAGUUGGUUUGAAAGUGACAUUUGGGGUUAUAAAUGUACUCCUAGGCUUAAAUUGAGUUUUUUGGGUUAUAAUGGCAAAAAAUAUUAGAAAACGUUUUUAGGCUUAUAAGUGAGAUUUUGGACUUAUAAAUUAAAUUUUAGGCUUAAAUUGUUAUCUUAGGCUUAACAACUUGUUUUUGGCAAACAUUGUUAGUUUAGGCUUAAGAAUGUAAUUUUAGGCUUAAAUUGGCAUAUUAAGGUUAAAAAAUUUGAAUUUAGGUUUAAAAUGCCAUUUUAGGCUUAAGAAUGUAAUUUUAGGCUUAAAUUGUCAUCUUAGGCUUAACAAUCUGAUUUUAGAUUUAAAUUUUUAUUUUAGGCUUAAAAAAUUCAUUUGAAAAGAAAUUUUUUUUUAAAUAUAAAUAAAAUAUAAUAAAAGGCUUAAAUUUUUUUUAGGCAGUGACAUUGGUCUACAAGUUCAGAGAAAUAUUAUCAAGACCAGGAGUCAAAUCUAAACUUCAGUCCAUAAGGUAGGUUCACCUUUACAUACUUUAUCAUCAGCAAGGGCGGGGAAGGGGAAUUCUACAGAUCGUAAAAAAAUUAAAUUUCGUAUUUUAGAGAGACAUUAUUCACCAAAAUCACCGAAUAUUUUCGGUUGAAACGACGUGUUUUUGAAGAUGGCAAAAGCGACGGAAAUCACUUUUCGAAUUCAAGGUACUUGACUGAAAUUGGGGCUAAAAUCGUCUAUGUCAGAUCGAAUUUGGUACAGGUAAGACUUUAUUUUAGCAAGCACUUUCUUUACAAAACAAAAAAUGGCAAGAACUUUCUUUACAAAGCAAAAAUGGCAAGAAAUUUCUUUACAAAACAAAAAAUGGCAAGAACUUUCUUUACAAAAUAAAAAUUGGCAAGGACUUUCUUUACAAAACAAAAAAUGGCAAGAACUUUCUUUACAAAACAAAAAUGGCAAGAAAUUUCUUUACAAAACAAAAAAUGGCAAGAACUUUCUUUACAAAACAUAAAAUUGCAAGAACUUUCUUUACAAAAUAAAAAUUGGCAAGAACUUUCUUUACAGGACUUAAAAUAUAAUUAAUCGUAUAACUUGUCACCCGCAGUUUGCAAAACGCAAGAAUUAUUUAUUUUGUAGUAAAAUUGCAAGUACUUUCUUUACAAGCUCACCAUUUAAAAAACCGCAAGAACUUUCUUUACAAAACACAUAUUGUUUUUAAAAACGCAAGGACUUUCUUUACAAUCCUUUUUUAGUUCCAGCAAAUCGAAAAGGUGUGUCUCUCACUCUUCAAUGAUCUCUCGUCGUUCUCUCAAUUCGACCGUGACCUCAAGGGCUUUAUGGCCGAGAUUCGACAGUUUGAAAUCGACCAAUUUGAGGCUUGGACCAAGGAAAUAAUGGCAGAUAUUGAGGAUCCGAACAAUUCGAUUGCACUGCAAACGACCGGUCGAUUAAUGAAACUGGACAAGGCCAAGGGAGUAUUGACGGUGAACUUCAGCGAUCGACUGGUCGGGCUGGUGCGAGAAGUGGCACAGUUGAGCAGUUUGGGCUUCAACGUGCCCAGGAAGAUUCAACAGUGCACGAGAACGGCCGAACAGUUCUAUCGUUAUGGCAAUGUGCUUAAACAGGUGAGUAUGGGGGUAGAAGGGUAAUAAAAGGGGUAGGGGUAGGGGUAUUUAAAGUUAAUUUAAAAAUAUUUUAGGUAGCCCACUUCUACAACACGAUAGAACAACAGAUGUUACCCUGCCAACAAGCUAUGAUGUUAGAGGAAGCUUUGCGGUUUGAUCGACUGGUAAUGCCAAAAGGUAACACUGACGGCACGAAUAUCACUUGGGACAAUCCAAAAAAGCUUCAAGAUUACAUUGAGGAGCUCCAGAAGGCAGCUGGUGCUUUGACCAAUCAUAAUCGGUAAGUUUUUUGAAAAAUCAAUAAAUUUUGUGACACUUCGUCGAAAACCAAUAAAAUUUGUGACAUUUCGUUUAUUUAAAAAAAGAACAGAAAAUAUAACUUUCUUAUAAGUUUCUUAAAUAAAGAUGUCAAUUUUUCGAAAAAUCAAUAAGUUUUGUGACACUUUGUCAAAAACCCGAUAAAGUUAGUGACACUUCGUCUACUUUUAAAUUUCAGUCAAUUACGAAAAGCCCAUAUGGAUAUAUGUUCUCGAGUCCUAAAACUUUUGGAAUCCGACUUUUUGCGCGACGUUUCCCAAUGGAACGGCGCUGUCGCGGCCGUAAGGAAAGUUUUUGCGGAUCAAGAGCUAAAAGUGGCCAACGCGGCCAAUAUGCGGCCAUGGGCGAUUCAUUGGGACAAACAACUUUUCAAAGUGUUGCAACUUCAUUUUUACUUUUCUGUUCAAAAUAUUCAGAGUCUGAUUGGGCCGACCCAUGUACAAUUGGUGCUACGGUAAGUGGAAAGAAAGUUCUUGCCAUUUUUUGGUUUCUAAAGAAAGUUCUUGCCAUUUUUUGUUUUGUAACGAAAGUUCUUCCUAUUUUUUGUUCUGUAAAGAAAGUUUUUGCCAUUUUUUCUUCUGUAAAGAAAGUUGUUGCCAAACUUUUUGAAAAAUUUAAAUAAUAAUAUCUAUUUUUAGCGACCAUACCUUAACAUUGAGACCAUCUUUUCACGAAACAAAAGUCAAGUUCUAUGUGGAAUUACAAAAGUUCUUCACUGUGCCAGCCCAGCUAAUGAGUGUUCAGGCGGUUGGAAACGUGAGCUUUUUUUUAAAUAAUUUUGAAACAAAAUUAAAGAAACUUUUCAAAGUUGUACUAUUGGUACACUUUUUGUAUCAUUAGGAUACUUUUAGUACCAUUAGUAUUAACUUUUAAAACUUUAAAUCAUUAUUUCAAAGUACUUUUUCAAUAUGGCACAACUGGUACACGCAGUGGUACUACUGUUAUGCUCUUUGGUGCUAUUAGUACCAAUUUUUGAAAAUCUUGUAAGGUUUUAAAAAACCGCUUGCAAAGAAAUGUUUUAAAACUGGUAAUAAUAGGAUUUUGUGAAACAACUAGUACACUGUUUGGUACCAUUGGUACUAUUUUGUAAAACACUUAAAAAUUACAUUUGCAAAGCAACUUUUUAAAGUAAUACUCUAAGUACAUUAUUGGUACCACUGGUACACUUUUUAGGUCAUUAGUACCGCUUGUUAACAAUUUUGAAGAAAAUAAAAAAAAUGUCUUUUAUUCAAAAAAUUUUUAUAGUACUAAAAAUUUACCAACUUUCGGAUCAAAAUUUCAUUUUUAUACCUAAAAUUUCAAAAAAUCUUUAUUAAUUUUAAAUCUUUUUAGAAGUCCCAAAGCCCAUUCGCAACAGUACCACUCUUAAAUGUAGCCAAAUUCCCUCAAAUUUACCAAAAUUUGGAAAAAUAUUUCGAAGAGUUAAGCCAAAUUUAUCAAAAAUUCGAAGAUUGGGAAUGGCUAAGCAAAAUCGACCUUGAAGAACUGGUCGAUAAAGAGUUUACGACCGCUUCUCAAUGGGAAAAACAAUUGGUACAGUUGAGGGCGAAGCAGAGGAAGGUUGAUGAGAUUGAGAAGUAAGUAGCCUGUUGUUAUCCUAGCUCUUGCCUUGGCCUUGGUCUGGCCUUUCACUGGCCUUGCCUUGGCCUUGCCCUGGCCUUGACCUGGCCUUGCUCUGGCUUUGCUCUGGCCUUGCCCUUGCUUUGACCUGGCCUUGCUCUGGCCUUGCCCUUGCCUUGUCCUGGACUUGCCUUUCUCUUGCUCUUUUUUUCCUUACUCUACCUAAAGCCAUUUUUGCACAGUCUUAAAAUUGCAAUAACUUUCUUUCCAGUGAAAUAACCAUUGGCCCGAUUGUCGUAUCUUUGUUGUCCUUCAAGAAUUCACUAAACUCGAUGUUAAGACGAAUGAAUGAAACAUUAAAUUGGACUCUGAAAAACUCGAUCAACCAAGGAAUUCAAACAUUGAGCAGUACCAUCAAGAAUGGUACCGACUUGCUGGCUGUGAAACCAGAAACAAUGCAAGAUAUUGGGGAAACCAGCAAGAAUUACGUCGUUUUGAAGAAGGAGUUGGGUACUGUAAGUUACUGUGUUAUUUUUUGAUUGUUUUUGAGAAAGGCGAUGGGAAAAAAAGGGGGGGGGAGAGAGAAGGAGAGGUGGGGUGAUUGGAAUUAUUAUGGGUGGAUAAAAAAAUAAAAAAAAUUUUCAAAAAAUAAUUUUUUUAUUUAAUUUUAAAAUUUUUGAAAUUUUGAAAUUUUUUUUCGGUUUAGUCAUUAUAGUCAGACCUUGCCAAAGGUCAUAAUAACGGUUUUUAAAAGUCCAAGCGAAUGUGCUAAGCCCAAGGUCGCAGGUUCGACCCCUGCUGGCGGCAAUCCACUUUUUGCAAUUUUUAUUGUUUGAACGACAUUGUUAUUAUGAACUCUACAUUUCAAGCCUUUUUAAAAGUUGGUAAAAUACAAAAUUUUAUACAAAAUGUUAGUUUAUUUUAAUAAUAAAGAGCAAAAACGGCAGAAAGUUACGAAAAUCGAUUAAAACGAGUACAUUUUGCCAUUUUUAAUGUGAUAUUGUACUAAAAAUCAGGUAUCUGAUCAAAAUACCUUGCAUCAGCUUUUUUAUUGACAUGUGCCUUGUAAAAAAUUAAGUUUUAAUUUUAAAACUGGGCUGUUUUCAAGAAAAGAAAUGGUCGUUUUUGCUAUAUAAACACACUGAAAAGGGAUCAAUUCUUUUUGACGCGACCGGAAAAAGUUUUUUAAAUGCCAUUUUUAUCUCACCUAUGGAUGUGAAAUGUAAAAUACGGCAAUUAUAGCACUCAGACUACUUCUCUCGGCUAAACGACCAAAACGCAUUGCUUCGGCGAUGGACUGGCACGGGCGUGGGUGAUUUAAAUCAAGUUGCGAACGACUUCGAACGCUACCAAAACAUGUUGGAGAUGUUCGACGAUGUGAUUAAAGAACAGGUUGAUAACAUGAAGGCCAAUAUUGCUGAUCGAAUCAAACAACUUACGAAUGAUGCCGAGCUGGUUUAUGCUCAUUGGAAGCAGUUCAAACCGACCGGCGAUGUUUUAUCGACCGACAAUGAUGGAUUGGCCAAGAACAUUGGGUUCAUUAGGGAAUGUCAGAAGAAGUAUGAUGGCUUGAUUGAACAGUAUGAGAAUUUGAGGUAGGAUAAUAUUUUUCUUGAAAAAAUUUUGGUUUUAUAAUAUCCAAUAAUUUUUGUGACACUUCGUCGCAAACUUAAUAAAGUGUUUUGGCAUUUUGUGAACGUUUUAAAAAGUUAAAAUUUAGCUAUUCUAUUCACCUUGUGAUAAGGAAAUCACGUUUUUAAAAUCCAAUAAUUUUUUGUGACACUUCGUUUCAAAAUCAUUAAAAUCGUUGACACUUUGUCAAUGUUUUUAAUAGCUCAAAUAUAAUGUUUCUGUAGACUGUUUUAAUAAGGAAAUCACGUUUUUAAAAUCUAAUAAUUUUGUGACAUUUCGUCACAAAAUCAAUAAAAUUAGUGACAUUUUGUCAAUUUGUUUAAAAGUGAUGGUAUUAUAAAUAAUAACAAAACUUAAAAGAAAAUUUGAAUUUCUAUAAACUUUUUGACCAAAAAAAUACCUUUCAGAAAUGAUUGUGAGAACUUCGAAUUACCACCAGUCGAUAUUCACGUUAUGGAAGAGAUGAAGAACGAUUUGGGCGCGACGGCCGAACAUUACCAAAUCUACGAGGAAUUUGAUUCGGAACUUAAAAAAUUGGGCGAAACCGAGUGGAUCUUGUUUAGGUAGGAACUUUCCUUACAAAGUCAUUUUUAAAGACCGCAAGAACUUUGUUUACAAAAUUAUUUUUAAAAACCGCAAGAACUUUCUUUACAAAAUCAUUUUUAAAAGCUGCAAGAACUUUCUUUACAAAAUCAUUACUUAUUUUUAAAAACCGCGAGGACUUUCUUUACAAAAUCAUUAAUUAUUUUUAUAAACUGCAAGAACUUUCUUUACAAAAACUUACUUUUAAAAACCGCAAGAACUUUCUUUACAAAAUUCAUUUUUAAAAACCGCAAUAACUUUCUUUACAAAAUUUAUUUUUAAAAACCGCAAGAACUUUCUUUACAAAAUUUAUUUUUAAAAACCGCAAGAACUUUCUUUACAAAAUUCAUUUUUAAAAACCGCAAGAACUUUCUUUACAAAAUUUAUUUUUAUAAAACCGCAAGGACUUUCUUUACAAAAUCAUUAAUUAUUUUUAUAAACUGCAAGAACUUUCUUUACAAAACUUACUUUUAAAAAACCGCAAGAACUUUCUUUACAAAAUUCAUUUUUAAAAACCGCAAUAACUUUCUUUACAAAAUUUAUUUUUAAAAAACCGCAAGAACUUUCUUUACAAAAUUUAUUUUUAAAAAACCGCAAGAACUUUCUUUACAAAAUUCAUUUUUAAAAACCGCAAGAACUUUCUUUACAAAAUUUAUUUUUAUAAAACCGCAAGAACUUUCUUUACAAAAUUUAUUUUUAUAAAACCGCAAGGACUUUCUUUACAAAAUCAUUAAUUAUUUUUAUAAACUGCAAGAACUUUCUUUACAAAAUUUAUUUUUAAAAACCGCAAUAACUUUCUUUACAAAAUUUAUUUUUAAAAACCGCAAGAACUUUCUUUACAAAAUUUAUUUUUUAAAAAACCGCAAGAACUUUCUUUACAAAAUUCAUUUUUAAAAACCGCAAGAACUUUCUUUACAAAAUUUAUUUUUAUAAAACCGCAAGGACUUUCUUUACAAAAUCAUUAAUUAUUUUUAUAAACUGCAAGAACUUUCUUUACAAAACUUACUUUUAAAAGCCGCAAGAACUUUCUUUACUAAACCCAUUUUUGAAAAAACCGCAAGAACUUUCUUUACAAAAACUCAUUUGUUUGAAAAACUGCAAGAAUUUUCUUUACAAACCUCACUUUUUGAAAAACCGCAAGAACUUUCUUUACUAAACCCAUUUUUGAAAAAACCGCAAGAAUUUUCUUUACACUUUGUUUUUUAUUUUGCGCAUCUAUCGUAUAACAUGUCUUCCGCAGGCUGCAACCCCUUUAUCUAUUCUAAAAUCGCUUAAUUUUCAGAAAUAAAGCAUACCUGUUUGACGAAUUCCUGCUAGAAUGGUCGGCCAAGCUUACAAAUCAACCGGUAAAUCCAAUCGUGGUCCGGCUUCAACGUCAAAUCGACCAGAUGCAAGAGUUCGCCAGCUGCCUCAAGUACUGUCGAGGUGAGAGCUUAUCAGUCCAACAUUGGGCCGAAAUGUUUCGAAUCCUCCGCUUACCUAAGGGCAUUCAGCUCGAACAGCUCGUGUUCAACGACCUGAUCUCGGUUAGGGAGAACGUCGUGAAGAAUGUUGAGGUAUUGAAAGAACUAAGCUCACGAGCUCAAGGUGAGGCGGCGAUAAGAGAUGCGCUUCAAGAGUUGGAGUUGUGGGCCGCUCAGGCCGAGUUUGCAUUGACGGACUAUAAACAUUCGAAUGGACAGACGAUUAAGAUUGUCAAGGAGUGGAAGGAGCCGGUUUAUCAGGUAGGAUAAUAUAGAUAUUGAUAUAGGUUUAAAACAUGAUUUAGGCUUUGAUUUUAGGAUUAGAAAUCGAUUUUAGGCGUAAUAUAUGAUUGUAGGCUUAAGAUGAGUCUGAAAUUUUUAAAAUUUGAUUUCAGGCUUAAAAUAUGAUUCUAGGUUCAAAAAACGUUUAUUAGGCUUAAAAAUGAUCUUAGGCUUAAAAGUCGGUUGCUACACUUAACAAUUGUAUUUUAGGCUUAUAAAUCUCUUGGGUUUUAAAAAACCGUUAUAGACUUACAAAUUUAUUUUUAGGCUUAAACUAUGAUUCUGGGCUUGAAAGUUGGUUUUUAGGCUUAAAAUCUGAUUAUAGUAUUAAAAAUUUAGCUUUAGGCUUAAAUUACAAUACUAGGCUUAAAAAUUAGUUUUUAAGCAACAGGAUUUUAGGCUUAAAACUUAAAUUUCAAGCUUAAAGUGGUAGUUUAGGCUUAAAAAUAACUUUUUAGGCUUAAAAAUAACUUUUUAGGCUUAAAAAUAACUUUUUAGGCUUAAAAAUUGAACUUUAACUAAAAAUUAUAAUUUAGGUUUAAAAAAUGAUUUUCAGGUUUAAAGAUCAUAUUUAGGCUUAAAAAGAAAAUUUUAGGCUUAGAAUAUUGUUUUUAAUAUUUAAAAGUUUUAGGAAGGCAUUUUAGGCUUAAAUUUGAAAAAUACAUUUUAAGAUUACAAUCCUCCUAUACCUUUUUAAAAAAUAAAGUGUCAUUUCCAGGUGAAAGACAACCAAACCCUGCUAAUGUCACUGAAAAACUCACCAUAUUACACUCAAUUCAAGGACCAAACUGGCGUCUGGGAGAAGCGAAUUGCCGACCUCGACCAAUACCUCCAACUAAUGAUGCAAAUCCAACGCAAAUGGGUAUACCUCGAGCCGAUCUUUGGCCGCGGCGCUCUACCCGCCGAACGUGCUCGCUUCCAACGUGCCGACGCCGAAUUCCGGUCGAUUCUGCACGAUGUGGGUCGGAACCCACGCCUCAUUCAUUUGGCCGGCGAAAAGAGUUUGGCCAAGAGCUUGGACGAGAUUUCGGAUCAGUUGGGCCGUUGCCAGAGGGCUUUGAACGACUUUUUGGAAGUGAAACGUGUAGCAUUCCCGAGAUUCUACUUCCUUGGCGACGAUGACCUUCUGGAAAUUCUGGGGCAGAGCACGAAUCCGAAUGUUAUUCAGAAUCAUUUGAAGAAGUUGUUUCAGGUAGGGGUGGAUUUGUUUCUUUUAAUCUUACAAGAAGCGAGAAGGGGGACAAGGGUAGGGGUGGAGUAGGGUAUGGUAAGAAUUUUUUUUUGUUUUUUUAACGAGAAGAGCAAGGAGGCUGGGGAAGGGGAGGGGUAUUUUUUAGUUUUAAUUUUACGUGUGGAGGGCGUGGGAAUAAGGGUGUAGGAUUUUAAAGGGUAGGGGCGCGAUCAGAAGUAGGUUGUUUAACUUAAAAACGGAGAGGGGGGGGGGGGGGUUUAGGAUCUAAAAAAUAUGAAGGGGGGAGGAGGUAGAAAAAACGUAAAAAUUUCAAAGCUUACUAAUAUCUAAGCUUACGCCUACUAACCCCAAGCGUACUAAACCUAAGUUCAGUAAUUUUAAGCCUAUUAAGCCUAAGCCUACUAAGCCUAAGCCUACUAAGCCCAAGCCUGCUAAUCCUACACCUACUAAGCAUUAGCCUACUAAGCCUAAGCCUACUAAGCCUAAGCCUACUAAGCCUAAGCCUACUAAGCCUAAGCCUACUAAGCCUAAGCCUACUAAGCCUAAGCCUACUAAGCCUAAGCCUACUAAGCCUAAGCCUACUAAGCCUAAGCCUACUAAGCCUAAGCCUACUAAGCCUAAGCCUACUAAGCCUAAGCCUACUAAGCCUAAGCCUACUAAGCCUAAGCCUACUAAGCCUAAGCCUACUAAGCCUAAGCCUAUUAAGCCUAAGCCUACUAAGCCUAUGCCUACUAAGCCUAAGUUUAGUUUGCUAAUGUGAUUAAAAACCACGUCUGCUGAAAUAAAGCAUGGUUUAUAAAUUGAUAUCUUAUAAAGUGACCGCAAUAAAACAAAAAAAUAUUUUGUGAUUACCUAAUAUCGCUGGUAUAACAAGGUAGCCUUAGAGAAAUCGCAAGAAAUCGUAUUGCGCAACGUUUUCUUAUGUAAUAUUGAUGGGUUAUAUAACACUUGCCUCGAUGUAAAACGACCCAACAAAUUACUGCGAGUGCUGGGAUUUGGCUUUAAAUUUCUGCGGGGGGUCAUGAAAAGAAUGGCAGCAAAAAUUUUCACAGUAAGUCUAAGCCUACUAAGUCUAAGCCUACUAAGCGUAAGCCUACUGAGCUUAAGCCUACUAAUUCUAAGCCUACUAAGCCUAAGCCUACUAAGCCUAAGCCAACUAGGGGUAAGCCUACUAAGCCUAAGCCUACUAAGCUUAAGCUUAUUAAGCCUAAGUUUAAGCCUACUAAAUCUAAGCCUAGGCCUACUAAGGGAAAUUACUAAGCUAUUUUCAGGGUAUCGAACGAGUAGUGUUUGACAAUGACAAGAAGACGAUCAGAGGAAUCAUUUCACCGGAAAACGAAACUGUAUCAUUGAUAAGGCCUGUCACAAUUGUGUCGGAUGUUGAGGUAGUUCUUAUUUCUUUUUUUAUAAAAUUUUUACAAUUUUUUUAAAAUUUUAGUUAGUUAUUAAGCCUAAAAGUUGGUUUUAAGCCUAAAAUUAGUCCUUAAGCCUAAAACUUAGUUUUUAGUCUAAAAAUUAGUUUUAAGCCUAAAGAUUCUUUUUUUUAACCUUAAAAUUAGUUUUUAAGCUUAAAAAUUCGUUUUAAGCCUAAAGAUUCUUUUUUUUAACCUUAAAAUUAGUUUUUAAGCUUAAAAAUUCGUUUUAAGCCUAAACUUGCAUUUAUAAGCCUAAAAAUUAGUUUUUAAGCCUAAAAUUUAGUUCUAAGCCUAAAGAUUAUUUUUUAUACAUAAAAUUUGUUUUUAAGCCUAAAAGUUCGUUUUCAAGCCUAAAAUUUAGUUUUAAGCUUAAAGAUUCUUUUUUAAGUCUAAAAAUUAGUUCUACGCCUAAAGAUUACUUUUCAAGCCUAAAAUUAGUUUUUAAGCCUAUAUUUUGAUUUUUAAUCUGAAAAAUUAAUUUUAAGCCUAAAAAUUAGUUUUAAGCCUAAAGAUUCUUUUUUAAGUAUUAAAUUAGUUUUUAAGCUUAGAAAGUGGUUUUUAAGCCUAUAUUUUGAUUUUUAAUCCGAAAAAGUAAUUUUAAGCCUAAAAAUUAGUUUUAAGUCUAAACUUGCAUUUAUGAGCCUAAAACUUAAUUAUAAGCCUAAAAAUUAGUUUUUAAGCCUAAAAUUUAGUUUUAAGCCUAAACUUGCUUUUAUAAGCCUAAAAAUUAAUUAUAAGUUUAAAAAUUAGUUUUUAAGCUUAAAAUUUAGUUUUAAGCCUAAAGAUUCUUUCUUAAGCAUUAAAUUCGUUUUUAAGCCUAAAAAUUAGUGUUUAAGCCUAAAAACUGUAGUUUAUACAAGAAAUGUCAUUUCAGACUACGAAAGUCAUUUUUAGGUUUAAAAAAGUUUUUUUUUGAUUUUUCCAUUUUAGAACUACCUAAAAUCUUUGGUGGACGAGAUCCGCUCAACACUAAAAAAGCUGUUAUUCGACUGUUUGGCCGAUGCCAACCUCGACCCAAGCCGAUACCCAACCCAAAUCGUAUGUUUGGCCGAGGAGAUUCGCUUCACUCAAGACGUGGAAGCCCUUCUGAACAAGCACGGUGAUCUACAGAACUUCAAGAAGACGCUGGAGACCCAGCUGGACCAGUUCACGAAUGUUACCGUAGAUGAUGUGUUGAUGGAUUUGAAGUUGAAGAGCUUGAUACUCGAUAUUAUCCAUCAUAUCAAGAUAGUGGAGCAGCUGAUCGAGUCUAAGGAUAGGUAAGUUACAGUAUAGUCAUGCGGAUAGGUAGGUUAUUGUCAUGACUCAUGAGGAUAAGGUCGUCAUACUGUAUUAAAUAUGGGUUGGAUUACGGUAGGGUUACUGUGGAUUAAGUUAAAGCUAAGAGAGGAUUACGGUAGAUAAUGGUAGGGCAGGGUUACUGUAGAAUCAUAUAAGGCUUAGAGAGGAUUAUGGUAGAAAACAGCAAGGCAGGGUUACUGUAGAAUAAGAUAAGGCCAAGAGAGGUUUGAAAAAGAUUACUGUAGAAAUAAGGGAAGGUAGAAUGACAUUAGGCUUAUUGUAGUUCAUAAAGAGUAGGCUUACGGCAGGGUUUUUGUAGCUUAAGAAGAGUAAGAUUAGAGAAAGAGGCAGCAAUACAGUGGGGUUACUGUAGAAUAAGAUCGGGCCCGACGAAUGCGGUAGAAAACGGGAGGGUAGAGUUACUGUAGAAUAAGACGAGACUAAUAGCUGAGUAUGAGGAAAGUUGGGCCAGGGUUAUUGUAGAUCCAACGCUGGUAGGCUUACUGUAGUUCAUGAAAGGUAGGGUUGUGGGCUAGGGCUAAGGCUGGGGCUAGGGCUGGGACUAGGGCUAGGGCUAGGGCUAGGGCUAGGGCUAGGGCUAGGGCUAGGGCUAGGGCUAGGGCUAGGGCUAGGGCUAGGGCUAGGGCUAGGGCUAGGGCUAAGGCUAGGGCUAGGGUUAAGGCUAAGGUUAAAGGCUAAGGCAGAACUAGGACUAAGCUUGGGGCUAGCGGUUGACACUUUUAAACUAACUAUGCCAUUUCAGAUCAAUAACCUCUUGGGCCUGGCAAAAGCAGAUUCGUUUCUACUUAAACGGUCAAGACGUGCUGAUCAAGCACGUUGAUGCAGAAAUACAGUACACCUACGAGUACCAAGGUUGUGCCGCCAAACUAGUACACACCCCCCUGACCGAUAAAUGCUACUUAACACUGACACAAGCUUUAAGCCUGGGCUUGGGUGGGAACCCGUUCGGUCCCGCUGGUACCGGUAAGACUGAAAGUGUCAAAGCCUUAGGCAAUUUGUUCGGUCGACAAGUACUGGUUUUCAAUUGUGAUGAAGGUAUCGAUGUGCAAGCGAUCGGCCGAAUGUUCAUUGGCUUGAUCCAAUGUGGCGCCUGGGGGUGCUUCGACGAGUUUAAUCGACUGGACAAGGAUGUGCUUUCGGCUGUUUCUAGCCAAAUUCAAACGUUACAGGUAGGGCAGGGCUUGGGAGGUACUGUAACAUGGACACGGGGUUGGGUCAGGGUAGGGUAAGGUAAAGUAGGUUAACCUAGGGUAGGGUAGGGUAGGGUUGGGUGAGGUAGGGUUGAGUAGGGUAGGAUAAGGCAGGGUAUGAUAGGGUAGGGUAUGGCAAUGUAUGGGGAGGUAGGGUAACUUAGGGUAGGGUAGAAUAGGUUUUUAGGGUUGAAAGUUAAAUUUUGGAAAAAUCAAUAAAUUUUGUGACAUUUCGUCAAAACUCGAUAUUUUAUUGGUAGAAUAGGGGUAGGGUGAGGUAAAGUAUGGUGAGGUAUGGUAAGGUAGGGUAGAAUAGGUUUUUAGGGUUGAAACUUACAGUUUGAGAAAAUCAAUAAAUUUUGUGACAUUUCGUCAAAAAUCGAUAUUUUUUGUGUAGGAUAUGUUACGGUGCUGUGAGGUAGGAUAGGGUAUUUUAAGGUGUGGUGAGGCAUGGUAAAAUACGGCUUUUCAUAUUUAGUGUUGAAAAUCAAAUUUUUGAAAAAUCAAUAACGGAUGUGACAUUUCGUCAAAAAGUCAAUAAGUUUUGUGGCUUUUCGUUAUUUUUUAAAAACAUAAAAUUGCGACAUAAAAUAUUAAUAUUCAUAUCUCAAAUGACCUUUUUGUAACUAAAAAUGUGAUUUUUAAACUUAAAAUGACACAUUUUUAGGACGCCAUAAAAAAUCGGUCAUCCUCAUGUCAACUCAAUAACCGUACAGUAAACGUCGACUUUAAUGCUGCCAUUUUUGUGACGUUGAAUCCGGUGGGCAAGGGCUAUGGUGGAAGGCAGAAGUUGCCGGACAAUUUGAAACAACUCUUUCGACCGGUCGUUAUGAGCAAGCCUAACAAUGAACAGAUCGCUGAGACAUUGCUGUUUGCUGAAGGCUUCAAGAAGGCUAAGGAAAUGGCUACCAAGAUUGUCACUGCUUUCGAAAUGAGCCGGUAAGUAGAGGGGGUGGGUAGGGUAAAGUAGAGGAGAUAGAGUUUGGUAAGGUAGGGUAAGGUAGGAUAGGGUAAAGUAGGGCAGUUUUGGUUGUUUUAGGCUUAAUAUGAGAAGUGUUUGGCUUAUUAUGACUAUUUUUAGGCUUAUUGUGGCUGUCUAGGUUAAUAUGAUUACGGUUAGGCUUAAGAUGAUCGUUUUUAGGCUUAAGAUGACCGUUUUUAUGCUUAAUAUGGCUACUUUUAGGCUUAAUAUUAUCAAUUUUAGGCUUAUUAUGGCUGUCUAUGGUUAAUAUGAUUACGGUUAGGCUUAAGAUGACCGUUUUUAGGUUUAAUAUGACUGUUUGUUAGGCUUAAUAUUAUCAAUUUUGGGAUUAUUAUGGCUAUUUUAAGGCUUAUUGUGGCUAUCUAUGGUUAAUAUGAUCACGGUUAGGCUUAAUAUGACUAUUUUUAGACUUAAUAUGACCAACUUUAGGCUUAUUAUUAACAUUUUUAUUCUUAAUAUUACUAUUUUUAGGCUUAGUAUUACUAUGUUUAGGCCUAAAGCGUUUAGUUUUGGGCAUUUUUAGGCUUGAAACAUUCAUUUGUAAAGGCUUAACAUGACUUGUUUUAGGCUUAACAACCUCAUUCUAUCCUAAUCAAUAUCUCAUUUAGGCUUAGUAUGAGCACAUACAGCCAAAAAAUAUUAAAGUGUAUAUUUCUGCCAUUUCCAGCGACCUUCUGAGCAUUCAACAACACUACGACUGGGGCCUGCGCUCAAUGAAAACCGUCCUCAAAGGCUGCGGCUCGGCGUUGGCGGCAGCUCGCGGCCAAGACAUAAAUGAAGAAAAGCUGGUCCUCCACACCCUGAUGUUAUCCACCCUCUCCAAGCUCACGUUCGCUGAUUUCAAGCGAUUCAACGCCCUGCUCAGCGACGUUUUCCCGAAAAUCGACGCGGAAAUCGGUCGAUUCGAGGAAUUGACCGAAAACGCGAAAAAAUCGACCGAAAACCGAAAUUUCGAACUGACCAACGACCAGUUGACUAAAAUCAUCGAGCUAAAUGAACAGCUAAGCCGCCGCAUGGGUGUGGUCAUCGUCGGACCGCCGGGCAGUGGGAAAUCAACCCUGUGGCGGGUGCUGAAGGAGGCCAUGGAGAGGAUGGGCACGAGUGUCAGUUUAUACACCAUGAACCCUAAGGCGAUGCCGAAAUCAAAGUUUUUGGGUAAGUAGAGGGUUGAAAAUGACAUUUUUGGCGUUUCUUACGAAUUGACGAAAUGUCACAAAAUUUACCGAUUUUUUGAUGAAAUGUCACAAAGUUUAUGGAUUUUUUGAUUCUUUGGUUAUGUAUAGGGUUAGAAAUGGCAUUUUUGGCAUUGUACAACAUUUUUUACAAAUUAACUAAAUGUCACUAAAUUUAUCGACUUUUAUUACGAAGUGUCACAAAAAUUAUUGAUUUUUUAAAAAUGUCAGUUUUUGGUCAUAAAGUUUGUAGAAAAACAAAAUUUUACAAUACUAUGGCAAGAAAUUUCUUUACAAAGCAAAAAAUCGCGAAAACUUUCUUUACAAAACAGAAAAUGGUAAGAAAUUUCUUUACAGUACACAAAAUGGCAAGAACUUUCUUUACAAAGCGUAAAAUGACAAUAACUUCCUUUACAAAACAAAAAAUGCUAUAAAUGGCGCAAACGUUGACAAAAUAGCAUAUGUACUGGUGUAACGUAAUGUCAGAAAACUUGUAGAUUUUUUGACGAAAUGCCACAAAAUUUAUUGAUUUUUUACAAAAUGCCACAAAUUUUAUCGGUUUUUUGAAAAACGUCUCAUUUCAGGUGAAAUGAAUCUAGACACCCGAGAAUGGACGGACGGCGUCCUAACCACGGUCGCUCGUGAGGUGGUCAAGGAUGUUCAGAAGCGUUGUUGGAUCGUGUGUGACGGUGACGUCGAUCCGGACUGGAUCGAGGCCUUGAAUAGUGUCUUAGACGACAAUAAGCUGUUGACCAUGCCCACAGGGGAAAGGAUUCAAUUCAGUGACAAUGUCAAUUUCAUAUUCGAGACGGAUGACCUGAGGCACGCGUCGCCAGCUACCAUCUCGAGGAUGGGCAUGAUCUACAUAAGUGACGAACUGAUUACUGUAGCAUCACAUAUUAGCCGGCUGGCAAGGUUUAAAAAUAUGUCAUCAAAUGUGACAAAUUGGCUUAAUGACACUUUGCUUGAGGCGAUAAGAUGGGCUAAGAAGCAUACCGACCAGUCGAUUAGUCAAGUUGCGAUUGUGGAGAAUGUGGUAUCGUUGACAUACGAUGCGGAGACUGUAGAUGAGUUUAAAGUUGGUCUACUGAGGGGUCUACUGCCAUGUGUCAACAUGGACAACUUCAAGGCAUUGGCUGAGGAUGUAGGUUUUAUUUCAAAUUUUCGAAAUUUUUUUAAAAUUUGAAAAAAACGUACAGUAGGAAUUACAGUACAUUAGAGUAGGAUAUGGUAAAGGGCCGUGGUAGGGUAGGGGUACCAGUAGUACUAUUAUUAGUGGUACCAAUAAGGGUAGAGGUAGGAGAAAAGUUAUUACAGGUUUUAUAAAAUUAUGUUAGGAGUACCACUAGUACCAUUAGUAUCAGUAAGGGUAGGGGUGGGCGUAAGGGUAACACUAAGAACAGGAGAAAGGAAGGGUUCUACUAGUACCAUUAGUACUAGUAAGAGCAAAGCAGGGGAAGGAUACCACUGGUACCAUUAGUACUAGUAAGGGUAGGUGGAGUUGGGCUGGGAUAGGAGUAUCAUUAGUACCAUUGAGGGCAGGGGAGAAAGGUUAAUGCAGGGGUUAGGUUAGGAGUAAGUGGUAGUAAGGGGUAAUAGGAGGAGUAUUAGAGGGUAGCGCUACGCUUAUAAUCUUCAUAGGCUUAUUAAAAACUAAAAUGUGUCAAAAAAGCCUAAAUUUUAUAAAAUUUUAGGUAAUAUUCCAAGGUCAACCCCUGCCAACCCCUUCAAACCCACUAAACGUAUAUUACGAUAGUAAUUCCAUGUCUUUACAAUCAUUUUCCGACGAUACCUACUCCAAUGUCACUCUAAAUGACAUGAAAUACGAAGAGAAACGACCCACAAUUCUGACUUCGAGGAUGAAAAUCGCUCAAAAUACAGUAUCCAAGUGGCUUCAGGAAGGGAAUCGAGAGUCGUUUUGUGUGUUAGGACCAGAUGGAAGUGGAAAGGACCAAUUGUUACGAGGAUCGUUUGCCCAACAUUACAAAAGUGCACUAGUUAGGCUUAAUUGUGGGGCUAGAACAAGGUAAGAAGUGUUUGGUACGGGUGGUACUGUAGUGUUUAAUAGGUGUUUGAGUGGUACUAUAGAGUGUACCAGGUGUGCCAUUUGGUUUUUUUUUCGAAAAAACAUUUUUGUUAAUUUUUUGAAAAUUUUUGAAGUAUGGUACUAAAAUGUGUACCAGUGGUACCAAUAAGUGUACUAGUGGUACCAAAAAGUGUACUAUGUGUACCACUUUAAAAAAAGUUUUUUUGGUAGUGUAAUUUUUGAAGCUUAUUUAAGGUUUUUUGGAAAGUGGUACUAUUGGUACUCAAAAGUGUACCAGUAGUGCCAAGUGUACCACUUGAAAUUUUUUUUGUUUUUAAGAAUGAGGUUUAAAGGAACUUUGAACUUUUUCCAAAAAUGGUACUGGUGGUUUCAAAAAGUGUACCAGUAGUACCAAGUGUACCACUUGAAAUUUUUUUUGUUUUUAAGAAUGGGGUUUAAUGGAAUUUUGAACUUUUUCUAAAAAUGGUACUAAUGGUUUCAAAAAGUGUACCAGUAGGACCAAGUGUACCACUUGAAAUUUUUUUUGUUUUUAAGGAUGGGGUAUAAAGGAAUUUUGAACUUUUUUCAAAAAUGGUACUGGUGGUUUCAAAAAGUGAACCAGUACGACCAAUAGCACCAAAAAUUCGCCUAAAAAUGUAAACUAUACAAUGCCAUUUUAAGUGCCACAGACAUAAUGGACCUACUAAUCCGCAACUGUGUCCAAACCCAAUCAGCGGCCGGUCGAUCGCUGCGGCCGAAAGACAAGGACAACCUAAUUUUAUACCUAAAAUCCAUCGACCUGAUCCAGCAAGACAAAUACGGUAGUUCAGUUACGGUAUCCUUCCUGGAAGACAUUCUACAUUACCACGGCUUCUACGACAACAACAAUGACUGGACCAACUUGGAGAAUAUUCAAAUCGUCUGCACGUUUGCCUACCCACCAUCAGCCGGUCGGUCGAUAAUAUCGACCAGAUUCAUAUGCUCGUCCAGGUUGAUGUUCAUGGAUCCGCCGGUUAAUGAGGAGCUGAUAGUGCUCACUUCCGCUUAUCUACAGCCGAUUAUUGGGGUAAGGGGAAAGUUUUGUCGCUUUUUGCUAUUUAUUUGGAUGGAAAAAAGCGACAGGACUUUUUUUGAAAAACAAAAAAUGAAGAAAUGGCGAGAACUUUCUUUACAAAACGAAAAAUGGCAAGAACUUUCUUUACAAAUCAUAAAAUGGCAAGAACUUUCUUUACAAAGUAAAAUUAAAUAAAAACGCAAGAACUUUCUUUACAAAACAACAAACGACAAGAACUUUCUUUACAAAACAAGAAAUGGCAAGGACUUUCUUUCCAAAACAAAAAAUGGCAAAAACUUUUGUAAUAUCAGUAAAAAAAUUAAAUUUUGACGAAAUGUCACAAAAUUUAUUGAUUUUUACGAAAUGUCACAAAAUUUAUUGAUUACUAAUUUUAAAUAGCUAAAUAAAGUUUUUCUUGACAUUUCAGGAUCAAUUAGGCUCAUCAUCGCGAGUCGAGGCCUUUGCUUCGUCACUAGUACAAGCCUACAUCAGAAUCAAAGAUAUCUUGGCAUCAGCGACUCAAACUCACUAUGACUUUUCGACCAGAGAUCUCAUCAAUUGGAUACUGUCCUUUAUGCGAUAUGGGUUCGAUGGUAAGUUUUUAGUCUAUUCUACCGUACCCUACCCAACUCAACACUACCUUACCGUAUCCUACCGUACCUUACCCUGCCCUACACUACCCUACCGUAUCUUACUCUAUCUUACCGUACUCUACCCUACUGUACCCUACUGUACCCUACCGUACCAUACCCUACCCAACUCUACACUAUCCUACCAUACCCUACCCUACCCUACCCUACCUUACCCUACCCUACCCUACUUACCCUACCGUACCUUAGCGCACCCUACCCUAUUCUACCCUACCCUACCCUACCCUACCCUACCCUACCCUAUCCUACAAAGCGAAUUGGUACACAUUAUACUAAAUUGGUACCACUAAGACCAAACGGUACCAUUAGUACCACUUUUUAAAAUUUUUUAUAAAUUUUAUUUCUGCCACCUUCUAGCUGACAAUAUAUCUACCAUGCUACCAUUAGCCAGCGCAUUCGAAGCCAACAUCAUUUUUAUCGACCGGUUGAUAAACCAAGACCACAAAACGCAAUGUCAACAAAUAAUCAAUGAGACAUUCCGCACCGGGAAGGAGUGCCAUUUCGCGCCGAUUCAAGGCGCUUUCCAAUGGCGCCAGUCGGUCAUGGGCAAACCGAUGCGACCGGUCGAUAAGUCGGAGUAUGUGGCACAGCUGAGCAAGGCAGUGAAUCGAUAUGAGUUUGAGGUGUCUGGGUUCCCAUAUGUGCUGUCAGAUGACAUGGUCAACCUUUGUUUGUCGCUGGAUAGGACUUUGAGCUUGUCGGGUAAGGGCUGGAAAGAAAGUUCUCGUCAUUUUUUGGUUUGUAAAGAAAGUUCUUGCUAUUUUUUGUUUUGGAAACAAAGUUCUUGCCAUUUUUUGUUUUGGAAAGAAAGUUCUUGCAAUUUUUUGUUUUGGGAACAAAGUUCUUGCAAUUUUUUAGUUUGUAAAGAAUGUUCUUGCAAUUUUUUGUUUUGUAAAUAAAGUUCUUGCCAUUUUCUGUUUUGUAAAGAAAUUUUUCGCCAUUUUUCGAUUUGUAAAGAAAGUUCUUGCCAUUUUUUGUUUUGGAAACAUAGUUCUUGCCAUUUUUUUUUGGAAAGAAAUUUCUUGCUAUUUUUAUUAUUGUGAAAGCAGUGGAAAAGUUUUGUCGUUUUUGUCGAUGCAAAGCUUAAGUAAAUGACGACAAGACUUUUUUUGAGGCUGAAACCUUCAUUCUUAUGUCAUUCACGUAAUUCUGUGCCCUCUAGUAACAAUUUUUUACGUUGAAAACAUGUUUUCAGGGGGCACAGAAUUAUGUAAACAGUUUAGUCGCUUAUAUUACGUGUUUAAAAACCGUAUUUUAGGAGGUCACAUCUUCAUGGCCGGCUUCUCGGACCGUAUGAAUCGUGCCGUAGCCUCACUGAUCGCUCAUCAACAUGGUCUUCGCACCUUCUCACCUCGAGUAUCAUCCAAUUAUGGCCUGAAAAACUUUUGCAACGACCUGAAACAAGCCAUAACCUACGUCGUGUUGGAGUCGGAGCCAGCCGUCUUUAUCCUGGAGGACUAUCAGAUCCUGGAAGAGACCUUUCUACAGUACGUGAACCAAAUCUUGAGUACGGGCACAGCACCCGGCCUGUUCACUGGCCAAGAGUUUGAACAAAUGAGUGGUCAGCUGAGGGAAAUGGCCUCGGCUGAUGGCUUUGACGGGGAAUUGACAGAGUAUUUUACGUACAGUAAGCGUUUUUAUAUUUUUAUAUUAAAGUAGAAACCUUGAAGCAUCUUUUCUGUCAUUUUCACGCCUUUGGGUGCACUUUAAAAUGGCAGAAAUUACAUUUUUUGCGAAAAAAUGGCCAAAAACGGCUAUUUUUAUGAAAUUUUCGGCCUUUUUUGAAAAUUUUUACUAUUAAUACCUAAAAUUGUUAACAAAAGUAGUUUACAUGUAUUUUAGAGUUAUGCCCUUUGAUUUAAAAACAAAAUAAAAUAGUAUUUUAUACCUAAAAAGCACACAAAAGUGACUUACAUCCAGCCGGAUUCGAACCAACGCUAAAAAAUUAGCGUUCUUCACUGAUUUUUUGACGUUUUUUGCCAUUUUUAAAAGUCACGCAUAAUUUUUUUUGUCAAAAAAGGAUUUUCCAGUAUUGUAGGAUUACAUUAUUUUACAAUAGCUAAAAAUAUUGACACUCAUUACAUAAAAAUCUCAAAACGUUGACUUACAUCCAGGUCGAUUCGAACCAACGCUAAAAAAUUAGCGUUUUUCACGGAUUUUUUAACAUUUUUCGCAAUUUUUCAAAGUCAUGCUUUAUCUUUUUGGGCCAAAAAGGAUUUUUCAGUAUUUUAAGAUUACAUUCUGUUACAAUACAACUAAAAAAAAUUGACACUUAUUACAUAAAAGGCUCAAAACGUUGAUUUACAUCCAGCCGGAUUCGUACCUUAGCACUUCAUAAGACUCACGCUCUAACCGAUUGAGCUAUGGCGGCACAUAAUUUUAAAAUUACCGGAAAUUGGCUUACCCUACCCUACUAUACUCUGCUUUAUCUUACUUUGCCCAAUUGUACCCUAUCUAUAAAUAUUUUUUAAAAUUUAAAAUUUCUUGAAAAAAUUUUUUGAAAUUUUGAAUUUUUUUUGAAAAAUUCGUACUUUUUUAGAAAUCAAGAGAAAUUUGCAUAUUGUGGUAAUAUUGGACACAGACCAUUCGAACUUUGGCUUGAGACUUCAAACGAAUCCAUCUUUGUACAAGUUUUGCUGUGUCAUAUGGAGAAUUGAGCCGGAUUCGGAAGUUUUGAAGCAGGUAGGCUUGUGCCUUCAUUUUACACUUAAAACUGACAUUUUAUAAAAGCUAUGGACUUUUAAAGGUUAUUAGGCUUAAGUUAUAGGCUUGAGCAACCUAUAAAACAAUUUUAGGUUUAAAAUACAGACUACAUCUUUUUAGGCUAAAAAAUGAUGUUUAAGUUAUUAGAUUAGAUUUCGAAGAGUAUUAGGCUUAAGUUAUAGGCCUAAAGAUGUUGAAAAUUAACUUUAAACUUAAAACGACGACUUUAUCUUUUUAAGCCUAAAAAUGCUUUUUUAAAUAUUAAAUCGAAUUUUUAACGUUAUUAGGCUUAAGAUAUAAUCAUAAAGAUGCUAAAAACAAUUUUAGGCUUAUAAAACGUACUUUUCCUUUUUAGGCUUAAAAGUGAUGUUAUAGAUAUUCAAUUGCAUUUUAAAGGUUUAAGUUAUAGGCCUAAAGAUGCUAAAAACCAAUUUCAAGCUUAAAACGACGACUUUAUGUUAUUAGGCUUAAAAAUGACGUUUUAGAUAUCAAAUUGAAUUUUUAACGUUAUUAGGCUUAAGUUAUAGGCCUAAGAAACCCAUAAAACAUUUUUAGGCUUAAAUUAUUAAUAUUUGAUGUUUAGGCUUAUAAAUGGUGUUUUAGAUAUCAACUUAAAUUUUAAAUCUUAUUAGGCUUAAGUUAUAGGCCUAAGAAAACUACAAAACAAUUUUAGGCUUAUAAUGACAAUUUUUUAUUUUUAGGUUUAAAAAGGAUGUUUUAGGUAUUGAACUAUAUUUUAAACGUUAUUAGGCUUAAGCUAUAGGCCUAAGAAACCCAUACAACAAAUUUAGGCUUAAAGUAUUAAUUUUUCAUUUUUAGGCCUAAAGCCUAUGAUAAUAUCACUCCCUUUCAGAUAGUAAAACUCUCUCUCGAACAAUCUCAACUGCCAGUACGUACCGACCACCCCGACCUACUGUACAAUAUCUACCAUAAAGCGCCGGAAAAAACUCGGAUUUUGCCCAAAUUUUCCGCUUUUGUCCAGAAUUUUGUCCAGAUUUACAAACUCAAGUCUACCAUGGUGAAUGAGCGGCUACAACGCCUGAAGGCGGGGGUGAACAAGCUGAACGAAACGAGAGAACAAGUCGGUAAAAUGCAGAAGAAAGCGGCCAAGAAGUCCAAAUUAUUGGCCGAAAAACAGGAAGAAGCGGACAAUGCUCUGGCUAUGAUCACUCAAAGCAUGACUGUAGGUUACUGUAACUACCACUACUUCUAUUCCCGGCCUUACUGGUGCUCAUGGCGCUAGUGGUAUCUCUAACUCAGGCUUAUUUCUACCCCUACUCUUAAUUCUACCCUUACUAGUACUAAUGGUAUUAGGGGUAUCCUUAUUCCUGCUAUCACUGGUACUAGUGGUACCCUUAUCUCAGUUUUCUUAUCUUACUGGUACUUGUUGUAGUAGUGGAACCUCUAUCCGAGCCCUACUUUUACUAGUAGUAAUGGUACAGUUGGAACCUUAAUUCUAUCCCCACGGUUACCUCUACUCUUACUGGUACAAAUGCUAAUGGUACUAGUGAUACCCCCCCCCCUUAACUUUACUCUUGAUUCUACCCUUACUUUUGCUCUUAAUGGUACUAUUGAUGCAAGUGGUUCCCUACCCAGCCUUACCCUUACCUUUUCUUAUUACCCUAGCCUGACUCACCCUUACCAUCAGUAGGGUACAUUAGAGUAGGACACUCUAGUGUAUCCUACGGUAUCUGUCCUACAAUACUUUACUUUCUCAUACUAUAGCGUAUAAUAACUUACUGUAUUAUCUUUCACUUUUCUUUGUCUUACACAAAGAAGUACUGUCAAUUUUAAAAAGCCAGAAGGAACGUGCCGCCAUAGCUCAGUCGGUUAGAGCGUGGGUCUAAUAAGCCCAAGGUCGCAGGUUCGACCCCUGCUGGCGGCAAGUCACUUUUUGACGCUUUUUAUAGCUAAAAUUGACAUAGUUUUCAGUAUUUUCAUAAUUUAGGCAUAUCAAAAAAUGUCAUAUCUUGUAAUUUUUAACUUUUAUAACAUUAAAAAUGACAUAUUACCUUUUUAGGGUGCAAAAGAACAACGAGCUGACAUGGAACAGUUGAGAGAAGUGACAGAGAAGGAGAGCCAACACAUAGAAGAGCAGAAGAAACUGAUCGAAGAACAGCUAAAGGAUGUGGAGCCGUUGCUUAAGGUAAGAAAAACACAUUUUUUCUGCUAAAACUUUUUAAAAAUGAACGAAAUGUCACUAAUUUUAUUGGAUUUCUGACUAAGUGUCACAAAAAUUAUUGAUUUUCAGAAAAUGAUUUUUUUGAUCAUGAGGUUAGUAGAAAAAUGA